AUGCAAUCUUAUACCGUGCAGCCUAUUACAUCAGCUGAUAGACGUUUAUUAAAUAAAUUUCGGCUUAUUCUUCAAGAAAAAGAAAAUCGAUUCGGUCAAAGAAUGCAAAAAAAUUUAAUUGUACCACCAAAUGUUAUAGUACGGGCUUCAAAAUCUGAAAAAAGCAGCGAUGAAAAACAUCGCACGUUUUUAAAUGAAGUCUUAUGGCCCUUGGUUGGUAAAAAAUGUCUUCUAUUACUUGAUUCUUAG